UCCCAGCAUCCUCUUCGGUUCAAAGGGCCUCCAGAGAGAGGAAGCCAAGCGGCCUAGUUCUGGAGGAGUUGGGUAUCUGAAGCCUCUUGGCCGCGGGCCGUGUUGCAAAUUCACAAUGUUUGGGGAUUUAUUUGAUGAAGAUUUCUCAGUUCUGUCGCACAAUCAGUGUGGGAAGACUAAGCUGAAACUCAAAGAUGCUGACCGACCAUUUCCUAGAGAAAACACCAAUUUAAGUGGAAUAAAAAAUCAGGGUGGAACAUGCUACCUUAAUUCACUACUUCAAACCCUGCUCUUCACGCCAGAAUUUAGAGAAGCACUGUUUUCCAUAGGCCCUGAAGAACUUGGCUCUCUGGAGGACACCCAUAAACCUGAAUCAAAGGUUCGAAUAAUCCCCUUACAGCUGCAAAGAUUGUUUGCCCAGCUUUUGCUCUUAGAUCAGCAUGCUGCAUCCACAACAGACCUCACUGACAGCUUUGGAUGGAAUAGUAAUGAGGAAAUGAGACAACAUGAUGUGCAGGAGUUAAAUCGGAUUCUGUUCAGUGCUUUAGAAACCUCCCUUGUGGGAACUUCUGGCCAUAAUCUUAUAAACCAGCUGUACCAUGGGACAGUUGUUAAUCAGAUUGUCUGCAAAGAGUGCAAGAAUGUCAGUGAGAGGCAGGAGGAUUUCUUAGAUUUAACAGUUGCUGUGAAGGAUGUGUCUGGUUUAGAGGAAGCCUUAUGGAACAUGUAUGUGGAAGAAGAACAUUUUGAGAGAGACAACCUAUAUCGAUGUGGAGCAUGCAAUAAACUGGUUGAAGCAACAAAGUCCGCUAAACUACGCAAGUUGCCUCCAUUCCUCACGAUCUCCCUCUUGAGAUUUAACUUUGAUUUUGAGAAGUGUGAACGAUACAAAGAGACAAGCUGCUAUACCUUCCCGGUUCAGAUAAACCUCAAGCCUUUUUGUGAGCAGACUCAGUUGGAUGAUCUGGAAUUCAUGUAUGAACUCUUUUCUGUUAUAAUACACAAAGGUGGCUGCUAUGGAGGACACUAUCAUGUUUAUAUCAGAGAUAUUGAUGAAUUGGGAAACUGGCAGGUGCUAGAGGAAGGGCGCUUGAAUGAUGAAGAGAAAGGUUUGAAACAGACAGAAAAUGACGAAGAGAAGGAAAAUCCCUUAACAAUUCUGAAAAACAUAUUAUUGGAGGAAGAGUGUAAGGAAAUACCUAUCAAUCGCUUGGCACAGAAGGUUUUGGAAAAGAAAAGUGUGUCUUGGAACAAGACGUACCGCAAGCAGUAUGGCCCAAUCCGGAAGUAUUUACAGAACAAUUCCCAAGCAUUUCUUCUCAGUUCUGAUGAAAGCAAAGUUAGGCUGAAUGACCAAAACCACUACCUCCAUUUUGGAUCACCAUCCCAAAGCCACUUGCAAAAUGAAGAUAUGAAAAUGUCAUUGGAAGAAGCAUCGACAGACUUAAACAAACAUUCCUCUGAAUCCCAUUGGUUUGAUUUGAAUGAUUCCAAAGUUCAGCCAAUCAGAGAAAGAGAGAUUGAGAAGCAGUUUCAGGGGAAUGAGAGUGCCUACAUGCUGUUCUACCGAAAAUCCCAAAUGAUGAGACCAUCUGAAGCUCGAGGAAAUCCUAGAUAUCGGGUUCCAAGCCACCUCUUGAAUGAAAUGGAUGCCGCUAACAUGAAAUUGCAGAAGAAGCGGGCAGAAUGUGACUUGGCAGAUAAUAAUAUCGAUUUGCAUCUCCACAUAUGUUCUCACUAUAAAUUUUGCAAUGGGGCCCUGCACCCAUUGCGUUCGCAAAAGGAGAGUGUUGUAGAUCUUACUUUUGAUAAGAGGAGAACACUAGGAGAACUUCGGCAGUCUGUUUUUCAGUUGCUGGAAUUUUGGGAAGGAGAUCUGGUUCUCAGCCUUGCAAAGCCUCUGCCAGCUGGACUGCAUAUAUACCAAACCCUUGAGGGUGAAGAUGCUAGUUUGUGUAACACUGGACUUUUUGAUGGAGCUGGUAUAUUUGUGUGGAAUGGAAAGGAGGUUGAUGGAGUGGAGGUUCAGACUGGCACUGACCAUGAACCUGUUCUCAUAAAUGUUCUUCGUUUAGCUGGACAUAAUGAAGGACGAAAGGGGCAGCAGUUUAUGGAGUCCCAACAUGUUUUUUCAUGUAGUUCAAGCCUGAGAAUGAUUUGUGAAACUUUAACGUCAUCUAAAGGGAUAAUCUUAAAAAAUCAUUCAGGGUCUGAGAAAGAAGCUGACAACUGGAAAGUUAUUCCUGAGGAAGAUAUGGAAAAGUCUCUCAGGACUGUUGGACUUAGUGAUGGAAGCUCAAUUCUAGUUUUAGAUAGCCACGAUCAAAGCAUGGUGAAUGUGGCAGGCGGCAAUUUGACUGCUUUUACGCAUGAUAUCAGCUGGUUACAAGUAAAAAAUUUCUGUAAAUUGGAGGCUGAAGAGAUACAAGUUAAAAUUACUGCAACUAUUGAAACAGUAAUGGCAGAUAUCCGAAUUAAAGCAAUUGAGGAAAUGCAGCUGGACAAGGAGCUAGUUAAUAAUAGCUGUCUCAGACCCAUUAGCAAAAACGGGAAACUUCUCUGCCCAGUGCCGGAGGAUUAUACGGUUAAAGAAGCAGAGCUGAAAAUGGGAAGCUUACUAGGCCUUUGCUCUGGAAAAGCUCCAACAUCUACUCAGCUUUUCCUGUAUUUUAUUGUUGGACAUGAUCUUCAGUCUAGUCCAGAGAAAGAGAUAGUGGUGGAGGAGACUGCCACUGUAAAAGAGUGUCUAAAUUUAAUGCUGAAGAAAUCUGGCUUAGCAGGAGACAGCUGGCAUUUGAGAAAGAUUGACUGGUGUUAUGAACCUGGGGAACCAUUACACGAGGAGAGUGCCACACUAAAAGAACUUAACAUUUGCAAUGGAGAAAUCUUGAAUGUUGCUGAGGGGAAGCUUCCACCAAAGGGAUUCUUGAAAGUACCUAUCUGGUGGUACAAGCCUUUCUCUCAGGUGAAGCACAGAAAGAAUAUUCAAGACCAAGUAAACUGUAUCAGCAAAAAAACAGGAGCUCUGGGACUAUCUGCAUCUGGAGAUUCACCAACAUUUCUACAAAGUGAAGUUGACUUAUGUUACAUGGGUGACAUAGAAAUCUCAGGAGAAGCUUUUUUGGAAGACUUGAAGAUGCAGGUGAUGACUUUGCCAUCCAUUCAAGACUUUAGUGUUCCACUGCCAGAAUUUCUCCGCGUUUGGACAAUGGAAAAUAAACAGCCUUGCAAACUGUUACGAAACAACAAGGAGCAACUCCAUAAGUUCAAACUAGGAAGCAGAGUGGAAAUUUGUAUAGAGCCUUUACGCAAAGAAGAGAAUCUUGGGCCAAAGGAUUUGCUUCUACGAGUGUUGAUGAGCAUACCAGGAGAGAGAGAUUACUAUCACCCAGUGGAAUUAAUCUGGGACAUCUCCAGAGAGUGUACAGCAUCUGCAUUGAGAGAAAGAAUUGCUGCAUACUAUUCCUUGCCAGUGGAGAAAAUUGAAAUAGCUAAAUAUUCUCCUGGAAAAUUUGAAUGGAUACCAAUAAGUAGUUGGACACAGCAAGUUUCAAAGAAAAAGAAGAAGAAGAAAAGUGAUAGCUUACAAUUGAGUCCCUAUAGCUUGAAGGAUGGAGACAUUAUUGGUGUGAAGAAUCUUCUAGUUGAUGACAGUAAAGACUUCAGUACAAUUAAGGAUGAUAUUGGAAAACAAAUGCAGAAGCAGGUUACUGUUGAAAAACCAAAGCAAAGUGAGUGUGUACAGAAUGACUGUUUCCGUGAAAAAAAGAUGACUAAGCAUCAUAAGCCUGAAGCAGUACUCUCCAUCAGUGUAGGGGCUUUCAGCUGACUCCUCAAGAUUUGGAAAAUCUCACCAGGAUCUUGAUGAACUACAAUGGAGUUGCCUAAGUUUGACUAGCCAAGGAGUAGUCUUCCCAGACUCAGGCACUGGAAUGUUAUCGUACAACGGCUGGCAAAGGAUUGAAGGUGGCUGGGAUCUCCUCUUAUAUCCUAUUGGGAGGAAGUGCUUUAGUUCUUAGUUUCAGUGCUUACUCUCAGGGUGGGUGUCUGCACUUUAUUAAUGAGAACACAUAUUUAACAUUUCAGAGGACUGUUUUGUAAUAACUAUGUGCUUUAAUCCUGAUUCUGUGUUGUGUCAUCACUGCAAAGGUGGUUUAUCUACUGAUGCAUUUAUGGACACUACAGGGAAAUCUGAAGCUUGCUUCUUCCUUCCAUUCUGAAGUACUCAAAGUACUUUUCAAACUCUAGUCUGAACCAUUGAUGUGUGCGGCUAAUUCAAAAGGAAGCUUCACAGAGGAGUGACUCUUCAAGACAGAAUGUAAUUAUUCGUGGGAUUUAAUUUUGUUCUUCCUUUCACUCCACUGAUCCUGCUGUAUCACCUGCUUUAUUUAAUAGCAAAACAGCAAACGUAACACAUCAACAUAUUUAUUUGUGAUAUAAUUUGAUCGUUAGAUUCUAAUUAUCCAGUAAUUAGACCCAAAUUUGUUUUGAGAAAUGCCAAACUUCAUACAGUCAUUUCUAGAGACAACAUAAAAUAUAAAAAGGGAAACAUGUACAACUUACGAUGUGUAUCCAUGAACAGUAUAGUGAACGCGGACAGUUUGUAAUGUGUGUAGAAUGCAGUCUACCCUCAUUUUGCAGCAUGCCUUGAAAAUUCUGGCCUGCAAAGAGCCCUCUGCUUUGUGCCUAAUUUCUGAAAGGAGGGACUGGAGAUGGAUAAAGCACAUCCUUAUGUGGAGACAUCUUAAGGCAUAGAUGCAAUGAUUGCCAUACGUUUUGCCUAAGCAAGUCUAAGUAUGUGGAAUGAGACUGCACCUUUUCAUUCCUCUCACCAAGCAUCCUUGUCCCACAAGACAUUCAUGUUUGGGGUAUAAUUCAGACAUAGAUGUGUCUAUCAGUGUGCAAAGUAUUCUGGUGGCACCUUUGAGAUUAACAGUGAAAGAGACUGUAGCAUUAGCAUGCAUCUGAGGAAAUCAACUCUGGGGCUGUGCAAACUGGCCAUUAAGGCUAGCCUGGGGGCAGAGUCAGGGUGUGGCAUCCAUAUGAUGCAUGCCCCGACUCCGCCCCCAUGGCGGUGUGACACCAUGCGCCACUCCACAUGGCACACAGUGUCAUGCAAUGCCAAAGCUGCGGCACAGCUUUUGCACCCUGGAAAGGCCAGAUUGGGGCUGCAAUGUGCAGUUGCCACAGCCCUAAUUUGGGUAAGAUGGAAGCGACUGCAGGCUGCCCCUUCAGUCUCCACAGCCCCUAAGUCUACAAAAGCUAAUGCUAGAACUCCUUUCAUACAAUUAGUCUCAAAGGUGCUACAAGUUCCCUUUGCAUACAUGUUGGUUAUGUUUGAAAAUUACUUAUGAGCUGCAUUACCUGGGCCUAAGCAUACUGCAUUCUUUUACACAUAUACCUUACCCAUAACUUACAUCUAUAGACAUCCAUCUGCUGGAGUAAUCUGGGAUCAAUGCAUUGUGGAGACGAUGAUGGAAGAGUCACUCUUGCUUUUCCCCACACAUAGGAGGAAAACAAGAGGAGUACAGUGCACCCUUGCUUUAUGAGGGGGAUCCGUUCCAAACUCCCCCGCGUACAGCAGAUUACGCGUAUGCUCGAGCCCCAUUUAAAUGAAUGAGGCUUGUUCACGCAGUGGCACAGGUAUGCUGGUAUACUGAAAGCCCCAUAAAGCACUGUAUUAUCUUCCUUGCAGGCUUUUGCCUAUUAAAUUUGUUCCACCAAAAUUCAGUGCAAUUCUGUCUAAAUAACAGUGGGUUAGAUGUAGUAUUAUCUCUCCCCAAGCAGAAUGGGUAUUUAUGGAUUCUUCCUUCCCCUGCUGAUCCCCCAAACUCUACUCUCCAGAGCAGAUUUUGAGAGACAUAGGGACUGCAGCUGGGAGGGGAUUGGGGUCAGCAAAAAUGGCUUUGUUCUGUGGGAUGUUUGUGCAGCUCAUCUUCAUGCAGUUCUGGAUCUAACCUGUAAAUUGCAGCAAGGUGUUACAUUACCAAAGUGAAUAAAAUAGAUGGGAAACAGUAAAGGAGAGUCAGAAGAGGGCAGUGCCCACUGAUGUUUGGUUAUCAUUUCCUAAAAGUAGCUUAUAUGUCACAUGUGUUUUGCUUAGAGAGAUCACAGAAAUGUGUCAUAAGAGAAGCCACCAUGAUACAUUGUGGAUAGCAGACUGAACAUGAUAGAGAUGUUUCUCUCAGAAUACUGCACAAUACAGGAUAAUAUGCUUACGGUUCUUGUUAAAAUGGAGGGAAAUGCAGUUUUAACUGGUCCAAGAAAAUGUUUCCUGCUAGUAGCCCUUUCCCUCCAUGGCCUGUUUCCCCAAAGUCUAACCUAAACAGUACAAUUAGGUUGUUUAUGCUCCAUAAAUGGAGGGUCUAACCCUUUGUUUAGGUUGAAUUCUUGGGGUUUAAGAGCCACGAAGGAACAGUGCUGCUGAAAGUGCAAGUUGGAGAAAGAGAAGGAAAGGAUGAUGGAGGGAAGAGGGGCAACAGAUUUAGCAGUUUAAUAACUGUAUAUUUGCAAGUUAAAUCCAUGAACUGAGGCUACUUUGCGCCUUGUGUUUCUGAAACAAACGGUUUGGAAGGAAUUUAUCAUUUAGUUAGAUUACAACACAGGAUUCUUCAGGACCAAUCUGUUCUAACUAAUUCAUUUAUGAGAUGGUAUAAUGCAUCCCUAGAAGGAAAAACGCAAAACAUUGCGAUACAUUCUACUAGGGAUACGUUUUAAGAGCCAAACGGUAAAAGACACUCAUGUGGCGAUAUCUAUAACUGACUCCUCCGCUUAUUCAUUUCCUUGUAUGGAACCCCAGCGUCUCACAUAAAAGCAAAACGUACCCAAGAUGUCACAAAAAAAGCUGUUAACUAAAGAAUAUAAACGAUUGGGAAAGGGGCAACUGGUUUUUCUUAUAUCUCUACAAAAAGAAUGUGCCUUUUGCGAUGACGCAACGCGGCAACGGUUGUGUCAAGCCAACACAAUGUUGUUUGCGAUGGCUUGCGUGACCGUUGGGUUACGAAAUGAUGGGAUGUUCCACGAAUUAGGGUUUUGAUUUGUUUUGAAAGGGGUACCUUUCGAAUGGGAUGCUCAGGGUCCCACAGCUGUGGUUGUGUUGCAAUGCAAGUGUUGUUGUUUUAAUAUUUAAUUUGUAUUCAAGUCUGAUCUUUCUUGUACUUGAAGAAAGAAUAAAGGAGUCAAAUGUUUCACUUGCA